AUGAAGCCAGGAGAAAACAUUGUCAUCGACGAAACAAUGGUGCCUUGGCGUGGGCGCCUUCAUUUUAGGCAAUACAACCCCAACAAGACACACAAGUAUGGAAUCAAAGUGUACAAGUUGUGUUCUGGUGAAGCAUACACGUACAAUUGUAAAAUUUAUGCAGGUACAAAUGAUAUUACAGGGAAUGAAGGACAUGCCCAGAAAAUAAUACUUCUGUUAGCUUCUGAUUUGUUGCUUCAGGGUCGCACUAUAUUUGCCGACAACUUCUAUAAUUCUGUUCCUCUCGCAGAAUUUCUUCUCCACAAAAGAACAUACUUAUGUGGCACCCUUCGUGCAGACAGGGUCAAUAAUCCAAAAGAGCUCGUCAAGAAAAAUAUCAAAAGAGGCGAAGUAUCUGCUCUUCAAAACGAAAGGGGAGUCAAAGUUAUACUCUGGAAAGAUAAAAGGCGUGUCCUCAUGAUUUCUACCCGUGCAGAAGACCAAGGGAUUUUAAAAGACACUGGUAGAAAAAAUAGCAAAGGACAACCUAUUUUAAAGCCGUCGGCAGUGCUGGCAUACAAUGGAGCCAAAAAGGGAGUUGAUGUUUCUGACCAGCUGUCGUCGUAUUAUACCCCUCUCAGAAAAACCAUUCGGUGGUACAUGAAAGUAGCAUUUGAGCUUCUUCUUGGCACAUGCGUGGUUAAUUCACUUGUAGUAUACAACCACGGUAAACCUAAAAAGGACCAUAUGGACAUGUUAGGCUUCCGGUUAGCACUUAUAAGUAAAAUGAUUGCUAGCCCAAUGACCAACAGAAUACAAACACCGGCUCUGCGUGCACCAGAUGGAGAAGUAAGAAGGCGGCCUUUGUUGACCCACAAACUAUCUCAGCGGGAAGGACCUGCCCGGACUUCUCGCAAAAGAUGUCUGCCGUGUUAUAGUGAACUGGCCGACAGACUUGGAACUAGUGAGGCGAGGAAGAAAGCAAGAAAAGUCACUACAUUUUGCAAUGAUUGUCCUAAUUCUCCUUCUAUGUGUAUCUUAUGUUUUAACUCUAAGCACAAGUAA